UGAACGUCAAAUUAAGGAUGUAUACAUUGGGAAUGUCAAAAAUUCAAAAAACUCAAUAACUAAAAGAAAUUCUAAAUGCUCAUUUCAAAACAUUCAGGAAAAUUAAGAAUAUGGAACAAGUUCGUCUCUUAGUCCAGCAACAAGGCCGCGAGGCACGAAAUUUGUUGGCAUUCAAUAUUUCUGCUGGAAAUGAGACAUUUCCAAAUAAAAUAGUGAGCAAACCACCACCGAGUAUUCCAAAAACACUUGAACCAACCAAUUUGAAAUCGAAUCACUUUAAUCGGGGCCGAACACGUUUGAGAUCAGCCUCAACAGGAAGAGAUAAAAGAUCAGAUAUCAGAGCGAGAUAUUGGUCUCUUUUGUUUGGCAACUUACAGAGAUCUAUUGCUGAAAUUUACAACACUGUUGAGACACAUGAGAGUUUAACAGAAUGUCAGGAAGUUUUAUUAGUAUUAGAGAAUUACUUGAGGGAUUUUAAUUCCUUGGCAGAGUGGUUUCGUUUGAAGUGGAGCUAUGAAAAUACACCAGCUUAUCAGAGACCUACAUCUGUUACAUGGGAUAUUUGUAAAACAAAUUUAACAAAAACCACAAAUAGUCGUUCUGGAAAAUCUAGUCCUAAUCUUGGAUCUGGUAGAAACAGUCCUUCAGUAGCGGGAAAAAUCAGUCCAAGAUUACUUCCAUGUAGAAUGAGUUCAGCUCCCACUAGCCCUCUGCCUAUUGAACAACCUAUUCUCGAAGGAAAAGUUAUAGAUACUAGUAAUAUUGAUAGAACAGUGCCGAUAGAACAAGAUACUCCUAUUCAAGAAUGCAAUGUGGAAAUUGAAAAAAUUGAACACAUUUCUGAUAAGGAAGAUCAUGAUGUAUUGAAUGAGAAUAAGGCAGAUGAAUUGGCUGAGUCUUCUUUAUCAUCGAACGAUGAAAAAAAUUUUGUUAACACCUCUUCAGAAGAUCAAGAUGAUUCCUCUCUACAAGAUAAAGACACCGGUAGUUCUGGAACAUUAACUGUAAAUGAUGAAGCUAUAAACAAACUGAAGCUUCCUGAUUUGAAAGCUGAAUUAAGAAAAAAUUUAGAUUCACCUAGUGAAGAUCAUCAAACAUAUGAUAUUUUCAGGAAAGUUGGUGUUGAAAGUGCUGAAAAGAGUACAAGCACAGAUGAUGAUUUUCCAAAGCUUCCUUUGAAACGUCGUGUGGUGAAAGUAAAUCAAGAAUGCCAAACUGAUGAUUCCGAUAAAAAGAUUACACCAAAGACUACGCAAACUGAAAAUGUGGAUAAGAAAGUUCUUCUUAGGACUAGUAGGUGUGACAACAUAAGGAAUAUUAAACCUAUCAAUCCUAGAUUGGCAUAUUCAACUGCUCUAACAAAAAGUGCCUCAGCUAAAACUGUUUCAACUCAAAAACCUAAGAUGGAAACUAAAUCCUCUGUAUCUUCUCCAAAGCCCAGUCUUAAAUCAAUGAAACCUUCAGUUAAUAGCAUUAAAACUUCUACUUCAAUUCCACUGAAGACUAAUUUUACCAGAAGUAAAACUGUCAGUGAUAUGAAAACAAUUAGUUCUUUCCAAAAGUCUAAAGGGUACAUUAAAAACGAACCUUUUGUUCACAAUUUUAAGGCGAAUGUUGUGAAAUCUAGUUCUAAAUCUUCUUCAUUUGUGAAAAGCAAUACAACAUCAUCAGUGGAACCAACAGAUAAUUCUCUAACACCUAAUGAUUGUACAAGUUCUGUUGAAACUUUGGUGAAUCAAGGAAAAUCUAUUGAAAAUGUGAACAGUUCUUCUGAAACACUGAACAAUGAGAAUAUCCAAGCUGAUAAGUCAGCAACAGAUGGUUGGUUAACAGUAAAAAGUCGAUCAAGAUUCAAGAACUCUGCUGGAAAAAGAACAACACAUAACUGGUCAACAAGAUUCAAUCAAGUUAGUGCGACAGCAAGCUUGCCAGCUUUGGCUCUGUUUCCUGAGUCUAGAGAAGGAUUGAAAACUCAAAAAUCUAUUGAUAAAGAUGUGAAAAAUGACUUGAAUAGUCUGAAAUCAUUGAAACAAAUUUCAGAAAAGAAGAAGGGUUCUUUAAUCAGAUCUCAUACAACAUUGAGUAGAUUGUCCACGCAAAAUGUAUCUAUAGAGAAGAAGAACGAAGCUAAUCUACAAAUUAAAAGCUCGAUUCAAAAAAGUAAUUGCAGUGAAAUUGAGAAAAAAGGAAGCGAUGGUGACUCUGAAACCGAUGAUGAAAAAUACAAGGAGUUCACCCAAGAAGAUCUUGCAACUGAGGAGGAACAUCAGAAAAAAGCAAAGCAAUUGUCUGAAGAAGAAGACAGACUCACUAAGGAAAUAGAGGAGCUGCAAGGCUUAGAAAUUGAGGUAGAUACGGAAACAGACGGUACUGAAACUGACGGUGAGCUUCAAUGUGAUAACGAUGACGAAACUGUUCCCACCAGUAGAGUGCCUGAUAGUGAAGAUAUGUCCUUAGAGGCUAGAUAUGAGCCCAUGCUGGCAGAAAUGUCAUGGAGUGAUCGCAUAGAUACUUUAGCAGCACUUGAAGCUUUGAACGCCAGGUAUCCUGGACGAGCUCAUGAACUCCACGAGAAGCUUUCUAAUCCUUCACGGAAAAGAAGCCUUCAAGAGACACUACGAAAAUAUCAGGCCAAACAAGCCAGAGCUCAGCAGAGGAGACAAGAUCUGCAACAAGAAAAAUCUCAAAAAUUGCAAGCUCUCUGGGCUAGAGUAGAGGAUGUUAAAGCUGCGAAAUUACAGUUGAUUGAGGAAAAGAGAAGAAGGAUGGAAUUCAGACUUCAAAAAGCUGCACAAAAUAGGAAGAAACACAUUAAAGGUAUCAUUAAAAAGGCACAUGACGAAGAAGAAAAACUGAAAGAAAUUGCAUUCAUUAAUGAAUUAGAAGCUCAAAAUAAAAGGCAUGAUUUUCUUCAAUCCUGCCGCGAACAGAGGGGUAGGAUUCAAGGAAUACAAGAAGAUAGAAAAAAAAGGCAGGAAGAAAAAGCAGCUAAAGAGGCAGCUGUAGAAGAAAGGAGGAAAGCACUCGAGAGACAGAGAAAUGAAAGACUGAAUAGGUUACAAGAUGAAAGACGACAGAGAGACAUGAGGAUUGGUCAGCAACAACAACAAAGGGAGAGAGAAAGACAGGAAUUAGCAAGAGAAAAGGCCAGAGAUAGGGAGGAGAGAUUAUCUGCCUUACAUGCACAACAGUUAGCAUCGACGCAAGAGCUACAAAAACGCAUUGAGCAAAAACAGGAAGACUCUAAGAGAAGACAUGAGGAGAAUAUGGAGCAGAUCAGACAGAAAGCAUUGGAAUUAUCUAUUCACAGGUGUCACGUGGAGGAUAAUCAAGCACCUAAUAUAACACCUUAUCCAACUCAGAAAUUAUGCACAGUUUGUAACGUUUUGAUAAAAUCGGAGGUAUAUCUGAUGAGCCAUUUGAGAGGCCGAAGUCAUCAAGAAGCUAUCAAACAAGCAAACUCUGGCAACACCGUCUUAACAGCAAAUGAGCUGGAACAAUUUAAUCUUAGACAAAUAGUUGAUGCUCCAGCUGGAAAAGAGGACCCUGCAGUUAUUGCUGCAAAGGAACGUGCCAAAGCUUACCGUAAACGGUGCAAAAAAAUAAGACAAAGGAUGACUCUGAAAGGAGCUGAAUUCGAAUCAACAUUUACAUUUGAAAAUGUAGAUUGUGCCAAUAAGAGAAGUCUUCUGAGAAAUAUCACUGCUCUUGGAAGCAUCAUCAAUCAAGCAAGUCAGGGACUGUCGCCUGCAAAUGUCGCUAAUUUGAUCAGGAUACUUCAUGAAAUCAAUAGAAUGGUGACAAAAGGCACUCAGAGUGAUUUCUUGGUCUUCCAGUCCGGAGAUGGAUUCGGAGUUUUGGCAAAAUUGUUGACUUUAGGCCAAGAUACAAAUACUUCCCUUUCAUCUAAAACCCUGAUGAUGUGCUGUAACUUAUGGCAAUUACUAUGCAACAACACACCAGGUGGCAUUAAGAAUUGCAAAUAUGUCAUUAUGAGCAACAAGAUAAUGCCUAUCAUAGAUCUGCUGAAUUUAACGCUACAGCUUUGGUUGGAUGCACAUGACGUCUUCUAUCUUCGACUGAAAAAAUGUGGAAAGAAUGUCGAGAACUACGAGGAAUCUUUACCCAGUGAACCAUUGUCAACAUCUCUGAUGAAUCUGCUGGCCGAUAUUUUGAUAAAUGUUUCGAAAAAUGCUCCAGCGAACAGGGUCCAAGAUGUAGUAAGUUUUGCAGUCUGUGUUGGGGUAGUUGAACAGCUAUCGAAAUGUUGCUUAGCAGUCAGAGGUCCCGUUCAUGAUGUCGCUUCAGCUUGUGCCUUCCUUCUAGCAACCCUCAAAUUCUUGGCGGCUCUAGCCAGAAAUUGCCCUGAGGACUCGGACCCCACUCAUUUGGUUGGCGUCCUUCACGGCACUGAAUUGCUCGGCUGUGUUUCAAUGCUGUAUGGAUCAUUGCUUCCUCCUGACUCGACGCCGAGGAGCGAAGGACAACCUCCUCCGGUGAUUCCAACUAUGUGUCUGAAACUAGCUCAUAUGACAUUCUUUUUCUUGAAACGGAUCGCAGAGUUAGACCUCAAAAAAUUCCAAGAGGUACUGGGUGCUGAAGGCAUUUCACUUCAAUUCCGCCAUAUUGCUAGUCAUCUUAUCUGGAGUUGUGCAUCUACCAACAUAACCGAAGAAGAUGAAAAGGGUUCAGAAGAAAAUUUGAGCCAGACUCUGCUACAUGAGGUUAUUGUCGUUACUGGAUACUUCGCUGUAAAUAAUUAUGACAAUCAGAUGCUUCUGGUUAGUGGACAGCCGCCAUCUGUACUACAGCAGCUAUGUUCCCUACCGUUUCCGUAUUUUUCGGUGGAGUCCUUAUCGGAAAUCCUAUUCCCAACCCUUUUGGCUUGUUGCGUGUCUAACCCCAACACUACUGUGAUACUUCAGCAGGAACUAUCAUACGAUAUAUUGGACGAGUACCGUAAGUCUGAAGCAGGACAGAAGAAUCGACUAGUGAAACUAUUAGCUAAGGAGAAUUAAUUACUUUUCUGUUAUCGAUACUACUCACAAUUUUUCAGAAUUUGUUUACGUUACCUUUCACAUACUUUUCAUUCAGAUUCACUUUGAGAUUCUAAAAGCAAUACAUUUCUUCACCUCUUUUCGAGUUCAGAUUUCGACGCGGUUUAUUGAACAUUUACGACGUGCUCGGUCCUGAUGAAUGCGACUCAAAUUGUAUUUCAACCGAUAAAGUUUUAUCGCUUUAAUUUGGUUCGAAGAAUUUUAUUGGAAUAUUUUCUGUAACGAUGAGUUUCAGGUACAUAUUCUGGAUGCCCAGUGGUGAGAUCACUAUUCCGAGACAAAUUUAUGUCGUACAUUGAUCAGAUAUGCCACCAGAAUUAAUAUUAAUUUUCGUAUUUGGCAUACUAUGUGCUCUUUUAUUCGUUCCGCUGUCAAAUGAAGAUAAAAUCGAAAAAUAUUUUUCUCGUAACUUUCAGUAACGAUUUCUUCAGCUUAUAUUUGUUGACUAACGGUGGAUAAUCUACUAAUUUUGUAAUGAAUGUAUUUGUGCUUUGAUUGUGAUCAUAUAUAAAUUUAAUCCUAGUUUGUGAUUCACUACAAUAUAUAUUUUUUUUAUCAGAAAAAUUACUCACUCGUGAAAUGUAUUUUUAAGGAUGCAAUAAAAAGUCCAUAAUUG